GCCCAUCAGUGCCAUCUAUCAGUGCCUUUUCAUCAGUGCAGUCUAUCAGUACCCAUCAGUGGCACCUAUCAGUGCUGCCUAUCAGUGGCCAUCAGUGCCACAUAUCAGUGCAGCCUUUUAAUGCCCAUCAGUGAUGCCUAUCAUGCCCAUCAGUGCCACCUAUCAGUGUCAGUCAUCAGUGUCGCCUAUCAGUGCUGCCUAUCAGUGGCCAUCAGUGCCACCUAUCAGUGCCAGUCAGUGCUGCCUAUCAGUGCUGUAUAUUAGUG